UCCUCGCAAAGGGGCGGAUUGGGGGAAAUCAUUCGAAGCAAGGGAGUAAGAAAUAUUUGUUGUUGCUUUGAGGCUAACCAACUACCGCCACUGCUUCGCAAUUAUUGCCGAUUCAUUCGUUCAGCUAUUUUUUAAUUUUAAUUAUGGCGAGUUUUUUUUCUGCUCUCGGAAUCCAGAGUAGUAGUUUAUUAUACCUAUAAAAACAAUAUAUAGCUAAAUAGAGAUAUGUUGGUGGUGUUCUUUCUCUCAUCGUUAUUAUAUAUAUUUAAGCCAACCGCAAACCACUGUCCAGGCUAAUAAUUCCUCGCCCGCCCUUGUCCUUCACCAACUAAAUAAAACACCGCGCAUCUGCCCACCAACCACAUCAGCACUCGAGUUCUGUUGCUCUCCCCAUCUCGCCGGGCAACCUUUUUGCUCUCAUGCUUAGACUGUACCGAUCCUCCUACGAUGUCUGGAUCAAAUCCUUUCCGCCAUAAGAAGAAGCCUACUACUACUACUAGCAUCGACGACCAGACUGCCCCGCAACAGGCAUCAUCCAUAUCAGCCCACGCCAAUCACUUAUUAAACCACAGCGCAGCGAUUGAUCCCGCAGCAGCAAGGACCCGUGGCGAAGGUCCUUCGCAGCCAUCCCACCGCCAGAAAUCCGUCCGCAUCGCCUCUCCGCCCGUCGCAAUACAGCCCUCCUUACAUCUCAGUGCUGGCGAUCAUCCGUCGCCAUCCAGUAAUAGAGCGUCGAUCCUCCAUCACGGUGCACACCGUGGGUCACCGCCCCCUCCAUCCGUGGAGGAGAGCUCGGGCUCAGAGGACCACUCCGCGGGAGAUCCCUUCAAUCCGGAUGCUUCCGGGAGUGGUGAUGAAGACUAUGGGGAUAUUGGACAGGGGCGACAUGUUGCAGAAGGGAAGCAUGGGGUGAUAGGACUUGGGCUUGAAGGUGGCCGGCGUGGAUCAAGAGAGCCGUACGGCGCGGAGCGGGCCGUGUUUCCACAUGUACAGGAUCCAACUACACCGCGGAGCGAUUCAACGACUCCACUACCUUCAGCCAUGAAGGGGAAGAGGGCGACUAUGGAUGUGGACGCGUUUACGAGAAUGCUUAUGACUGGAGAGACAGGCGGAGCGGGAAAGGAGCCCGUUUCCGCCGCGCGGCAGCCUUUUGAGCCCACCCAGGGACCAGCCAUCAGCGACAGCAGCAGGAACGCAGAUACAGGAUCUACAUCAAAGGACCUUAUUUUCGAGACGCGAAACCUGCCGCGGAUAGAGACACCCCGGACGUCGUAUGAGCUGUCGGCUUCGGAGGCGGACGAUGAGCGGCGGAAACUGGCGGCCGCCUUGCCCAAACCAGCGGAAAGGCCGAAACCUCCGCCUCCGAAAACAAGGCGCGGGAAACUGAUCAAUCCCAGCACUGGCCAGACAUCCCCUUUGGUUGGAUUGGCCUCUCUUACUUCCCCAAAUCAUCGCUCCGCGUCGCCCGCGUCAUUAUCAUCUCGAUCGUUCACAGAGCAGGAAAGCGGUGACGUCAACAAGCCAUUUCUUUUAGUGAGCUCGGAGCAGACUUCUCAUGAUUCAGAAAACAUAUCUCCCCUACCGCAUCAGAAGCGCCCACCUACUCCACCCUUAGCUAGACGUCGCAGCCAGAUGAAACCGAGCAAUCCAAGACUAUCAAGAAAUAACUCCGCCAGACACUCCAUGCCACCUACCAACACUAUCAGGAACUCAGCCACAGCAUCAUCCAUCCAUACCUCAUCUCCAUUAAAAUCCCCGCCUCCUCCCCCGUCCCGACGAAAAGAUCGUGAAUCAUCAGCUUUCCCCUCUUCAGAUACACCACCAUUGCUACCCCACGAACGACAGCAGACAUCAUCGCACCAGCGAAGCGAUUCCCGAGAAGAUGCCUCAGACAAAUCCAGCCUCCGUAGCGUGGAGACCGCGUCACCAAUAUCCAACAAAUGGGCAUCGCACGGCCCACCACGGCCGCCUCCACCCAGACGAGGGGGAGGAAGUAGAGCUAGUCUAGAUGAGUCGCGGCCUGUUUUUCUGGGAGCCACGGAUUCGUCAGCUGCGAGGAUAGAUAUGAAGAACGCGGAAGACACAAAGUCUGGGGCUCCCGGUAUACCGCCGCAGUCGCCGUCGCAGUCACAUGCCGUUGAUAUCCUUGCGGAUUUGUCGCGGUUGCAGAAGGAAGUGGAUGAUUUACGGGGUCGGUAUGAGGGGCGGAAAGCGAGUGGGUGACGUUAACCUUUUUUUUUGGACGGAGGGAUAUUAUGAAUGAAGGAGGAAGAAGGGAUAGUAGAGAGCCUGAAAAGAGGUAGGUAGGUGGUGCACGCAGCCGAGCCGCCCCCUCUGGCUAUACAUAUUGCGUGGCCCUUUUGAGCGCUUGAUGUUUUUUUUUUAAUGACCGUAUCAUUGAAAUGUAUGUUUUAUCCGAUUUCCAUGCCUGUCCCCGAAAUAAAUUUUUGUGAUUUUCCCUCUCAAGCCUUUUGAUCGCUGCAUUUGGCAUAUUGAUGCAGGGCUGGACCUGUUAUAUGUUAUAAUGUUUUCCUUUUCGGACAAGUUUCUCCCCAUCUAUUUGUUCUCUUAUCGAUGUAUAGUCUACCUACCUUACCUUCUUCAAUUUCGUUAGCGCACGAAAUGUGAUAAACUAUAUCAUAUGUCGUACACAUACAUCUGUUCCGUGUUUGUAUGUCCGGUUCCUUUUGUUUUCAUUCUGCUACUAAACCCCUAUUCCGCCCCAGUGAGGCAAACUUGGACAGGGAGGAAAUGGAAAUGCGUAAAGCAACUUGAAAAUCUUUAUAUACAUUAUCAAACCCUCUUCUUCCCCUUGCAUCUUCUAUCUACCUGGGCCAACGAAAUAUGUGCUGUCCAGACAUUCCAGCGCCAACAUACCCUAACACUUUUGAGAGUCCCCAGACCGCCCCAUCCCCUUAUCCCAUCAUCCCUUCUCACUGGUUAAACAUGAAAUUUUGUUAGUCAUCGCAGCCCUUAGU